AUGAUCCGAUGCUUGGACUCAGGCACAGUGUCCAAGCUACGAGGCAGCGUACUAGUGGAAUCUCCUGAAGCUGCCGUACGGGAAUUGGUUCAAAACUCCAUUGACGCUGGCGCUAGACACAUCACCCUCAAGUUUCACUUUGACACAUUAAGCUUAUGUGUAGAAGACGAUGGCGAGGGAAUUGCUGAAGAGGAUUUACCAAAAGUGGGCCUCGCAAAUCAUACGUCUAAGUAUGAUUCAUCACAAAGUUAUGGCUAUCGUGGAGAGGCACUUUAUGCAUUAUAUAACACCAGCAGCUGCGUGGUGGUGUAUUCCAAGCAGAGAGGUGGUUCGAGAUGGCAGAGUAAGGUCCUUGGCGACGAAGAUGAAAAGAUAGAUCGUGUUCUUAAUGACUUCUUUGGACCGAGCUUUGGACCUCAUGGUACUGUGGUGAUGAUUCUGCGGUUGUUUGGACCAUUUCCCGUUCGCUGGGAGCUUGCCAAGCGUAAGGUUGCCAAGCUAAUGAGAAGCAUAUGGAGAGUGCUAUUUAUGAGUUUGGCAACUUCCAAAACGACUGUCGAAGCUUAUUUAAUUGAAUCGAUGGAUGAAAAGUCCUCAGUUCGUAAGGUGUUGGACACACGAGGAUGCUCUACAAUACCUGAUUUAUUUGUCACCCUAUUUGGCCCCUCAAAGCUUGAUUUUUAUCAUUUCCAAGACCACAACACAGCGAUAGACAUGUAUAUUACACAAGAACCUAUUUUGAUGCGGGACCUAAAAUUUGUCUUUUUUGAGAACCGCUCCUUGUAUCCACCAAAGGAAUGGUGCAUGAGUAUUGGACGCUAUAUUUUUCAAUUAAAGUACGGGAGCAUGAAAGGAUAUUUCAAUCAAUCGAUUGAUAACCAGACUGGCUACGUUAUCUUGGUCACAUCGACUUCUACAUCUCGACGCCUACUCUCUAAUUUCAUGCCGGAGCGUUCCACAGUUCACAAAGAAAUUUUGGACAGUGUAAGGAAAGCUAUUAGCUCUGUGUUUAUGGAUGACAAUGCAAACAAAAUUACACCGAGAAGGGGCCGUGUGAAUGUGGCGGAGCAGGCUUCACCAUCUACUUCGUGUACAAUUUCAUCCGAGAGUGAAGAUGAUACACAAAAUAUAAGAGAAGUCUCUCAAGAUCUCUUCAAAAGCGGCCCUGACGUUAUCAAUCAGGUUGACUCCUCCUUUAUCCUCAUCAAAAGUGAGCAGCAUAUAUAUAUCGCUGACCAGCAUGCUUGCGACGAAAGAGUCAUCUACGAAGAGCUAUUACAAGAAUUCUUAGACAGCUUUCAUGAUCCAUUCAUAGACAUGCGUGUAAAGUGUCCAGUUGCAAUUGAGAUAGACAUUGAAGCUGCUCAUAUGAAUGACUUGGUGGCUCGAAAAGACUAUCUCAGGUCGUUUGGCAUCGAUUUUGCUUUGCAAGAUAGCAAAAUUGCGAUCACCCAUUUACCAGCAGUUUUGAUUUCAAAGGCUAUUGACAUCUCUUCAUUGAGGUCAUUUAUGUUCGAAUUAGCGGAUGUGCUUCAUGAGGACAAUCUCUUCAGAUGCCACUCCACCGACUGGUUCAGGACGAUCGAACGCAUACCUAAACCUAUUAGGGAAGUACUUGCUACGAAGUCAUGCAAGCUAGCGAUCAAAUUUGGCAAGCGAUUAUCCACCAACGAAAUGGCGCACUUGAUAGGUGAGUUGGGAAAGUGUCGACUCUUCACACAGUGUUCCCAUGGAAGGCCAACAAUCGUACCACUUGGGAACAUUGAUACAUUGGCAAACUAUAAAGCCUUUCAAGAAGAUUUUACCCUUCAGUGA